CGUCGUCUCUAUGGUGGCGGCGGAUUCGGAGGGAUUGGAAGCUUCUCGUGUCCGGCAAGCUGCUGCCCCCACAGGACUCUCCGCUGUCGUCUGUCUUCCGCGCGCCUGUGAUUCGGACGUCUCUCCCCAAGGAUGUUCCGCCGGGAGCGCUCCAUCCCCCUUCGAGGCUCAGCCGCCGCCCUGUGCAACAACCUCAGUGUGCUGCAGCUGCCCGUCCGCAACCUCACACAUUUUGGAGUAGUCCAUGGACCCAGCGCCCAGCUUCUCAGCGCCGCUCCUGAGGGUGUGCCCUUGGCCCAGCGCCAACUCCAAGCUAAGGAGGGCGCUGGAGUGAGCCCCCCACUUAUCACCCAGGUCCACUGGUGUGUCCUCCCUUUCCGAGUAUUGCUGGUACUCACCUCACAUCGAGGAAUACAAAUGUAUGAGUCUGAUGGCUCCGUCAUGGUCUAUUGGCAUGCACUGGAUGCUGGAGAUGCCUCUCUAGUGCAGGCUGUGUUUGCCCGAGGAAUUGCUGCCAGUGGCCACUUCAUCUGUGUGGGAAUGUGGUCAGGCCGGGUACUGGUUUUUGACAUCCCAGCCAAGGGUCCCAACAUUGUACUGAGUGAAGAGCUAGCUGGGCACCAGACACCAGUCACAGACAUUGCCACCGAGCCUGCCCAGGGACAGGACUGCGUGGCUGACAUGGUGACAGCAGAUGACUCAGGCUCGCUGUGUGUCUGGCGGUCAGGGCCCGAAUUCAAAUUAUUGACCCAAAUUCCAGGAUUCGGGGUCCCGUGCCCUUCUGUGCAGCUGUGGCAGGGGACCAUAGCAGCAGGCUAUGGGAACGGGCAAGUGCGUCUGUAUGAAGCCAGUACAGGAACUCUACAUGUCCAGAUCGACGCCCACGCCCGGGCCAUCUGUGCCCUGGAUCUGGCUCCUGAAGUGGGCAAGCUACUCUCUGCGGCUGAGGACACCUUUGUACACAUCUGGAAGCUAAGCAGAAGCCCAGAGGGUGGCUACAUUGAGGUGGAGCACUGUCAUGGAGAGUGUGUACCCGACACCCAGGUGUGUGGUGCCCGAUUCUGUGAUCCCUCAGGCAGCUCCUUUGCUGUGACUGGCUAUGACCUCGCUGAGAUCCUGAGAUUCAGCAGCAUGUGAGAGAAAAGCAGCCCUCCGUUUUCCCUGUGGUAUUUAUAAAGUACCCG